AUGUCCUUUAAUGAGCAAGAGCCAGAUACCCUCCAAAAUUUCCAACUUGGUAGAGGCUUUAUCCUCAACACGGACGUGGCACAGGAGAAUAUGGAAGUGGAUUUAGGCCUGUCAACACCUUCCAGCACUUUAGAAUUCAGUCACCUUAGAAGAUCCACCAGCAUCCCUUUGGUCAAUGGAUUUGGUGAUAAUUCACAGGGAUUCCAAAUUGACCCCACAAGAAUGAGAAGGAACAGCUCACCAUUUCUGAAUCAGCAUGGUUUGCUGUUUCUACCUCCCCGCAGUCGUACAUCUGCCAACCGGAUUUUCCAAAUUAAACAGGAAGAAGGGAUGAAUAUAGCAAGCAGAGAAGCAAUGCAUGAACGGGACAUGCAUACUGCAAUGCAGAUAAGUCAGAGUUGGGAAGAGUGUCUAAAUCUGAAUGACAACACCAUGAAGUCAUCCACUAUAAGGAACAUCAACUUAAAUCCUGUUCCCCCAGUGGCUUCCCUCACCAAAAAUAUUGGGAAGAAUUCACACGAACGCCAGACCUUUUAG